AACAGUAAACACCAACUGUGCUCUUUGGUUUACCUCCUGACUUGACUUAUGAGAUGUUAGUACACCGGAUGGUAGCAAAGAUCAACAAAAAUGAAUCGAUAGCUCAGAAAACUUGAAACGCAAAAUGCGAUGCUAUCUUCACGCAUUUCUCUUGUGCAUGGUCUUCACCUUCUGUUCACUCUUGUAUGUGUUCAGUCAACUAGCCUCCACCUUCGAGGACAGUGAGGAGUGGAACCUGAGAGAACAGGGGAUACCCGAAAGGAACAGUCAUGAUACCGGGCACAUUCUCAGGAAAAGGCCAGGACUGGCAGGCCUCCGAGACCGUGAAGAAGGGCUUGACAGGUGUAAAUCACUGUCAGUUUCUUACUGGAAUCCAUAUUGGAGACUGCCUGCUGAUGUUUGUGGAGUGAACUGCUUAUUGGAAUCUACUCUUAGAGAGAGGUCAGGCUCAGCAGUCAAGGAACAUAGUGAUGAGAGGAGUCACUUGGCUGUGGUGGCCUGUGGCCCCAGGCUAGAGGAGACUCUCACCAUGUUGAAGUCUGCUGUUCUCUUCAGCAAAAAGCCUCUCCACUUUUACAUCUUUGCUGAGGAAAAUCUACAUCACAGCUUCAGAAGUGCACUGGACUCCUGGCCUAGGACAGUUCAGAACAAGUUUAAGUCCACCAUCUAUCCCAUCACUUUUCCCAAGGAUAAUGCAAAAGAGUGGAAGAAGCUCUUCAAACCUUGUGCGUCUCAGAGGCUCUUCCUGCCACUGAUCCUGAAGGAGGUGGAUUCUUUGCUCUAUGUGGACACAGAUAUCCUUUUCCUGCGGUCAGUAGAGGACAUGUGGGCCCUGCUUUCUCGGUUCAAUUCAAGCCACUUAGCUGCCAUGGCUCCAGAACACGAAGAGCCACGCAUUGGCUGGUACAACCGUUUUGCCCGUCACCCUUAUUAUGGCAAGACAGGCAUCAACUCAGGUGUCAUGCUCAUGAACAUGACUCGCCUCAGGGAGAAAUUUUUUAAGAAUGACAUGACAGCAGUUGAACUGCGGUGGGAGGAAAUUCUGAUGCCUCUUCUCCAGAAGUAUAAACUCAAUAUCACCUGGGGUGACCAGGAUCUUCUUAAUAUCAUAUUUCAUCAUAACCCAGAGAGCCUGUAUGUGUUCCCCUGCCACUGGAACUACCGUCCAGACCACUGUAUCUAUGGCAGCAACUGUCAAGGGGCUGAACAAGAAGGUGUCUUCAUUCUCCAUGGUAACAGGGGAGUGUACCAUGAUGACAAGCAGCCAGCCUUUCGAGCUGUCUACGAUGCCAUCCAAAAGUACCCGUUUGGUGAAAACAUGGAGGCCUCACUGCUUCAGCCACUCGAAGCGUCGCUCCAGGCCACCACACAUACCUACUGUGGAAGAGCCAGCCACCUGUUUACCAAGAGGUUAAAACAGAGUAUCAUGUCUGUUCAUCAGGAUAUCACACAAAGCAGACAAUCAGGUCACUACUUUAAUACCACUCCAUGAAUAUCAUCUAAUGUCUCUGUCUCUGACGAAGAUCGCUGGAUUGAAGACACUCCUGUGGAGCCAGUGGGACUCAGGUCAGCACGGAACCAUGUUUACAAGCUACAUAUCAUUACUGUGGAAUUGAGGAAAGGUAGUCUGUGGAACAGGUUUGUACAUGUUGGUACAUAUCUGUCCAGUGAACACACAACCAGAUACCAGAUCGCAGAUCUUUUGGACUUCAUACCUGAUAAGAAGGAGACUUACUAUAUUUCAGACAAUCAGGUGGUAUUAUUGUUAUUAUUAUUUUUUUUAUUUUUUUUUUUUUUUUUUUUUUUUUUUAGAAAGAGCCUACAAUUACUUUUUAAAACUGUCCAAGGUCUUUGUGAAAAAAGAGAGACAGCAGGGUACUUAAAUACGCUAUUGUUAUCAAGAGUAUUUUAUUAGAUUUGUUUUAAUAUAAUUUUGCGUACAGGCUUUGUAUUAGUGUUUUUGUCUAUGCACUAUAUCAUAGAAAAGGGUACUCAUUAGCUGCACAGGAAUGUUCUUUGGUUUUUUUUUAUUGAACUUAACAAGUUUUAAUUAAGAAAACUUUAAACUCAUAGAUCAGUAUUUAUUAUUGUCUGACCUCUGUGACAGGAAGCACUUUGGAUGUUUGACAUGAGGCUAUCAUUUCAUAUACUCUGCCAUGGGAGUUCUCAAAGCCUUGUUUGCUGUACAUUGUAGUAGCAUUUAAGUAAUUUCAGUAACUUAACCAGUAUCAGCACAUUUUCCUAUAACUGAAACUGUGUCAUAGAAAGCUAGUUAGUUUCUAAUCAAACCAGCUAGUGUCAUGAAAUCUGCUCCAAGGCAGGUUUAUCAAACAUUUGCACUAUUUGUUAGAGAUAACAAUGUAAUCGAUGAUUGUAACAAUUUAAAAUCUGUGGUUUUAGUAUUGACUGAAAAAAAAGUAUAAACAUUCAAAUGUAUGGGAAAUAAAUAUUUUAAAAACUUUGAA